AUGAAGGAUUUGGGUGAUCUGCAUUAUUUCUUGGGUUUGGAGAUCAAGUAUGUCAAAAAUGGUCUAUUUGUUUCUCAAUAUAAAUAUGCCAAGGAUCUGUUACACAAAGCUGGUCUAGAUGACUGUCACACUCAUCUCACUCCCUGUCAAUCUGGUGUUAAGCUUCUUAAAGAUGUUGGCACUCCUCUAUCUUCUCAUGAUAUUGCUCUCUUUAGAAGUUUGGUUGGCUGCCUGCAAUAUCUUACUUUCACUAGACUAGAUAUAGCUUAUAGUGUUAAUAGCAUCUGCCAAUUUCUACAAGCACCAACUGAGGAUCAUCUUCAUGCAGCCAAACGUGUACUUAGAUAUAUCAAGGGCACUUUGGAUCAUGGCAUUAUCUUCAGGAGGGGUACUAGUCUAGGGCUUCCAUUGACACUUCAAGCACAUGGUGAUGUUGAUCCCGCUGUAAGUCUUCAAGCCUAUAGUGAUGCAGACUGGGCUGGAGAUCCUAAUGAUCUCAAGUCUACCACAGGGUUUGUUAUUUUACUCAAUCAAUCCCCCAUUUCUUGGUGUAGUAAAAAGCAAGCUGCUGUGUCCGGAUCAUCAACUGAGGCAGAAUAUCAAUGUAUGGCAGAUACUACUUCUGAGCUCCAGUGGCUUAUACACUUGCUUCAAGAUCUGCAUAUUGAACUCUAG